AUGCCGAGAUCGUCACCGACUCGAGAGUUUGAAAUGUGGAGUCCAGUCUCCGGGGCCGAUGCGAACUGUGUCCUUUCUGACUCAAACAAGACUCGUAUGCAGCUGAAAGACAUAGUGAUAAACUGGGCUACGUUGUUCCCCUCCGAGCUGCCGUUGGCGCCCAAAGCAAGUCUUCGUCACCGCCUGUCCAAUAUGCCUCUAGGCGGGAAGGGUCCAGCGGUGCUCGCGUGUCUCUGGACUCAGACAGUGGUGACGCUGACUUGCAUCGUUUUGAGAUGGUAUACCAGACGCUACAUCAAAGGAAAAGUUGGGGCUGAUGAUUAUUUGCUCUGGUUGACCUGGAUCUUUCAGGUUGUAUUUGCCGCCACAUUCACAGUUUCGUGUUCUUAUGGAUUUGGCCAGCAUAACGCCAACCUAGGCGCCUAUGAAAAGUCAAUGGCGACAUUUUGGGAACUUGUCGGACAGCUAGCCGUAUCCCUAACCAUGGGCACAAGCAAAGCAGCCGGAGCCUUGUUCUUAUUGAGAAUUCUCACGGCGUCUUGGUCAGUGCUUUUCGAUAAUGGCAUCUUGGACAACUUAUUCCGCCACGUGGUUUCGAUGGUCCGCAUGACUGACUCCGAUGUUCUCAAUAGGCAAAAAUUGAUUCUUUGGGCGUGGAUGAUAAGCAACGGCUUUCUUGCCCUCAUGCUGGGUAUUAGCGUAUUCGCACAAUGUACGCCAACGCAGGCACUAUGGGACCACUCGAUUGCGAUGCAAUCAUGCCCCAUCAGUCUCACCAAUGUGGCCUACGUCACAUGCAGCUGGAGCGCUGCCAUGGACUUUUUCCUGGCCAUCUUCCCUUGGUUCGUGUUGUGGGAGCUCAACAUGAAGAGGCGGGAGAAGAUCACUGUCUGUUUGUCGCUUAGUCUGGGUGUCUUUGCUGGUGUCUGCGGCGUUAUCAGGACUACUGGCCUCGGAGUCCUGGCCAACUCUGCUGAUUAUUUAUACGCCACGGCCGACUCAGUGAUGUAUACCUCCAGCGAGCUCAUGGUCACCGUUAUCUGUAUUUCAGUCCCAACGCUCCGGCCUCUGUGGCAAAAGGCAUUAAAGAUGCAAUCAUCGGCCUACCAGUACGGAACAGGAGAUCAUUUUGACGGCAGCCGCUAUGGUAGGGGAACAUCCAAGAAGCAGACACUGCGAUCAUUUGAUGACGGGCCUGAAGGGGCGAGCUUCGGCAUGGAGAAUUUGGGAACAACCAAUGGGGUAAAGGGCAAGGGGACGAUGAAUGUGACUACAAACGUGACCGCCUUCUCGUCCGCUCCUUUGGGCGCCAAGAACACAGACCACAGCUCGGACAACGACAGCGACAAGGAGAUUUUAGGAGAUGAUCAGCAAUACCAAGCUUACGGAGAUGGCAUUCGUAGGACACGCCAAAUUACAAUCACGUACGGUUCAGCCUCUUAG